GAUGUUUUGUCGUUUUCCUGCUACCUUCGCGGCACAAGAGCGUGUUUAAUUUUGCUAGAAAUCUAGGUAGAAACGAUGGACAGGAUAAAGAAAACACUCGGGGUCCAGCCAGAUGCAGAGGAGCAGGGCAUUGUCGCUGAGGACACUCCUCUGUUUCAGAUCAAUGAAGCAACAACAAUGAGUUGGACAACCAGACUGAAGUGCUUUGUGGCUUGUUUCUGCCUUGGUGUUUUCUUUUCUGUUAUAGGUACAAUAUUGCUGUGGAGGAAUCUGAAAAUGUUUGCUGUAUUUUACACUCUUGGAAAUGUUACAUCUCUUGCAAGUACAUGCUUUUUGCUUGGACCUGUCAAACAGUUAAAGAAUAUGUUUAAAGAGAAAAGAUUAAUUGCAACGAUAAUUAUGCUGGUUUCUUUGGCUCUCACACUUUGUGCAGCACUAUGGUGGAAGAAAAACGGACUAGCAUUGUUAUUCUGUAUUAUACAGUACUUGGCAAUGACUUGGUAUUGCCUGUCUUACAUUCCAUUUGCCAGAAAUGCUGUCAAGCGGAUAUUUUCAUCAUGUUUGUCCUAAAGUAGACAAAUGAACAGACUCUUAUAGCUAGAAACGAGAUUACCCAUGCUCUCUACUUUAAGGGUAAAAUUAUUUCAACUUUUCCAUUUUGCAAUCUGGUAAGCAAUCUGGUAAAGAUGUUACAAUUUGCUACAAUAUAUUUAAACUUGACAAUUAAUUGCUGCGUAAUUUAAAUCCACUUUUGUUGGUUUUUCUCUUUGUUAGCAUUUUGGGUUAUUUUUAAGGCUCUUCUGUAAAAUGCUUCAGGAAAGGCAGAGUCAAGAAAAGUGUCAUUCUUCCAGUUCUUCACCAUGUGACCACCAAUUCUUUCUUGACUCUGCAUGAAUGAAACCCAAUCUCUUGUUAUUUAUGGCCAUGGUAUUUUUGUAUUAAGAAGCUUAAAGUCAAAUGUAGCAAUUUGGGUAAACCCAUCAUUAUAACCGCCUUUAAACUACAUACUUUUGAUUUUUAAGUUCAGAAGCAGUGUUCUGUUUUAAUAAAAAAUCAUAAGCUGAUAGAAUAAAAUGAUUCUCUAAAACUUUUGUCAUGAUUUCUUGAUUAACCUGGCUGAGGAUUUUAGGAAGCCUUUCUUGAAGAUUAAUUAGCUUGUCGCAAAAGUAAUAACGCUCGUUGCAAGCGGUGUAAAUAGUUGCUUUUCUUGAUAAGACGUAACUUAAUUGCUUACUAAACACGGAAAUAGUUGACAGUUGCCUUUCUGCUUUUGAGAACGUAGAGUAAAGAUAUUGAAAAAGAGGGUCGUAAGUACUAUUGUGUUUUAAAGGGCUUGUGUCCUUCCAAAAGUUUCCAAUGGACAACCCCUUUUUUCAAUUUUGCAAACAAUAGUGCCCCCCCCCAAUAAUUCUGUUCUUCCUACGGUACUAGAAUAAGUGCGUAUAAUUUGGCUUGUAUCUAAUGGAAAGGAAUGCCUAUCGCGACUUUUCCUCCAGUAAAAGUUUCUUCAUCCUUUCUUCGAAGAAAGCUCCCCUUGUUGAAAAAUCCAACAACAAUUUACUGUCUGUAGGAAAUAAAAACACGAAGCACAAAUUCGCGCUUUAUAGGUUCUGUUAAUACCUUAGUUAAGGAGCCUGGCUAAAAACCCAACAAACCAGACAUUCGAUAUUUUGUAGUCAUUUAUUGACAUCGUGUAGAAACUUCAAAAUAUCUUUGCUUUUUUCAUAUUUCCAUAUAAGUGGCUAUCCCGAACCUCAAUUAAUGCUGCAAUUGGAAGAAAUAGUUGUAACAUAUUCUAUCACAUGUUUUACUUGAUUUGAAUAAUCGCUAUAAAUAGAUCACAUAGCAGUUUCAGAAUUGUAUUUCUCUUCCUUUUCACAACUCCUGUUCAUUCUUUGUUUAAAUCUCAAUAGUUCUAGAUUUCAUAUCAAUUCUUUCGUGUUAUCUUCUCAAAUUUAUUUCACGCGUUUACAGCCUUGCAACUGUCUUCGAGACGUUUUUCAAUUUAAAAAUACUAUCUAGAAAAGUUUCGAUCUCAAAAGGAAUUAAGUAAGAAAAGCUUUUACUUGCAUAAAUAUUUUGUAGCUCUUAUAUUUGCAUAUUGGGUAGUGAAAUACGAAUAACGGCAAAAGACGCCAAAUCUAAGAAACAAAUUGAAUAGAAAGGGUUGUGUUUUUAUGUCAUUCAAACGCGGUUUUCUGGUGUUUAAUGCGGUUCUGUGAAAAACAAUGAAACAUGGAUGCACAAUUUCGCAAAGUACAAAAAUCGCGCAUUAAUCAUAGAAAAAUAAAAUAAAGAACUAAGAUAGUCUAACUAAAACCCCUCGAUUUACCUCUCGACUUUUCGCAUCCCGAUUCUCGGCGGAACGGGCUCUGUUGUCCGAAACAAGACCACCUUUGACAAGAGCAAGUCUUGAUGUGGCGAAUUAGCCGUCGCUUCUACAUUUUUACCUUGUUUUAGUACUGUUUCUAGCCACUUUUCAGUUACAGCGCAGCCAUUUUAGCGUUUAAAAUUGAUGUCCAUCCAGCAUGAAAAGGGGUUAUUCGUUUUAAGUUUUCGCAAAAACUUACUUUGAUAUAUAAGUUCAUUCGAUAUAUUUGAGAUAUAUAAAGUCUUCCGCAAACCCCCUACUCCUCCAGUGAAAUUAUGUUUUGCCUUUUUUGCUUCUAUUAAGGAAAGAGAUUACUUCUAUUAAUGCUCCAGAUUGGUUGUAUAGCCUUUAGGAGUUAACGAUUGAAGAUUGAAGAUACUAAAAUUUCUUGGCCAGGGGCUUUGCUGUAAGAUAAUAACAUAAUAUAGCAAUUAUUAUACAACAGUGGCCUUUAAAACGUAUCCUAUUAUCUCUGUAUUUGUCGAAUAAUUGUGAAUUUGGGCCCUUUUCCCUAAAAAAACUGAAUUUCUGCCAGUUGAUGUUCAAAUUUGCUUGAUAAUCAACGCGCUUUUGAAUAAAGUGCAACCCAUUCAAAAGGAUAAGCUUUUAUGUAUUGAUUCAUUCACUAUUAACAACUUCGCUUAAUCACGGUCAAUAGGAGAUGAUUAAAAAAUUCAAAUGCUGAUGUAUUCAAUUCUCAAUUUACUACAUACAGACGGGUAGGUUGGGUACAAGUCACAUGAUAAACAUGUUUGCUGCCUACGAGAAUGCCCUCGUGUUGGUGAAAGGAAUAUUGUGUAUCUGUCUAUAUCUGUGUAGGUUAGAUUUUAAUACAGAAAAUGUUUUCUUCGGACUGAUGACAGCUGAAGUAUUAGUAAUUCUCUGCCUUUUUAUGGCACAUAGAAGUUUGUUUAGCCUAAGGCUAAAUCUUUUAUGACGAUUUGCCAUUAAAGAUUGAUGAAUCCGUUAAUAACAAGCCGUUUGUAGUUAUUAAUUCGUAAUUAGCAGGAAGGUUCCUAUUGCGGGUUUUCCAAUUGUUUCAUUUUCCAGUUCUUCUGUAAAGUUGACCAAAGCUGAAGAAAACCAUCUGGAUUCUCAAGGAGGAAGCAAGACGUAAAGAAAGUUAAGAAGUCAGACAAAACAAGUAUCGAUUCGCUCACAAAAGCAUCGCCACCCGUCUUCAGCACUAACGCCCUCUGAUAAAUUCAACAAUACUAAUUGCGCACAUGAUUCAUUUAGAACGUGAUGUCAUGUUCAAGGAAUUGGGCUUUGGUAUAACAGGAGAUUGUUUGAAUAGCUGUUUCAUAACUCUGAGAGCUUAGCAAGACGAUACAACAGCCAGAAAGAAAUUAUCCAUGUGGUAUCGAGAAAACACAGAACGACGAAAUGAAGAAGGGAAUUCAAGGAUUUCAUUUAAAAGUGUUUGCGGAAGAAUCUGACAGAUUGUUUAUUGAUCCUAAAAGGCCUGUUAAAGGUGCUGUGAGGCUGAAAUUGAUAAGAGAUCUGACCAUACAUUCGUUAAUGAUUGGAUGGAGUACCACUUACCAUUGCCAAGAGCUCGUCCAGUCCAAAACAAGGAUCGGCAAACAGUUUUACAUCGAAACCAUACACAGCCUUAUUGGUGAGAUUGAGUCAUCGAAACUUGAUUCACUCAAAGCUGGUGACCAUAUUUUCGAGUUCAAGAUUCCGAGCCAGGCCCACCAGUUUGAAAAGAACGAGAAUGUUUCCAACUCUACAACAUUGCUGUCUUGGCAUAACCUGAAAGCAGCGCUAGUGGACAAGCAAGGGGUCAUAUGGUAUGCUGAUGUGGUCAUCUGUGACCAUAACAAAGAUCCUUCAAACGAAUUGACAGCAAAUAUUGCUAGCGAAAAUAUCAAUUUAAUCGACAGAAGUGUUUCACCAGGCGGGAACGAAAAGAGCUGCCCGGUACACCACGGUGGCUCGUCAGAAAGUUGGGAGCCCCCCAUUAGCCAAAAAGACAUGAUGAAUCGUAACUUAGAUCUCCAAUGCAGACUGUUUUGCCCUUAUUACAAGCAGGGGGAGGCUGUAACCUUCACUGUGCAAUGUAGGAAUAGUUCAAACAAAGGAUAUAGACACCUUUGUGCAGUGCUUGUAGAAAGAAGUUCUGCCGAUGAGAAAAACCAGCACGGUAAAUCCAAAGUCAUUUCGUCAAUUACUGGUCCUUCAGUGGCACCAAAAGAAAUCGUUAUCUGGAACAGUCAACUACCGUCACCAGCCCCUUCUGAGGAAAGUGCCGGGCGGUGGUACACGUUAAAAGUGGAGCUUAAAAGCAGGUUUUCAACAAAAAAGACUUACAGGGUUCCAGUUGUUAUCAUGGAUCACCCAUUGACACCGAUGUAAGACGCGGACGCCUCAAAAUAUAAUACAUAAGUGGGAAAUCGAACGAUAACAAAGUUAGCCAAUAAUACCUUUGAAGCGUAGAGUUUCGUUAGGAUUAGUAAAACUCUUAUCUAGAUAUUUGGCAGUUGGUUGGGCUGUGUUUGAAAGCCACUCCCACCACCCAGGAAAAAAUUCGUGGCCUGCUUCUACGAGAAGCAAAUACUCCUUUCGCAGCUUGCACGGUGGUAAGCAGAUCAAGUAUCGGGAAACCUCCCGUAUACAAAUAUGCACACAGAGAAAAUGUUUGGACGUUACGAGUGUUUGAAAAAGUAGAGGGGCACGGAAAUAUGAGAGCUCCUUGACUUUAGGGCCCCUUUAUUGCACCUUUUAUCAAAUAAGGGGUACCCUGACCAUGGUACUUCUUUCUAUAAGAGACCCAAUAUUCACAUUUGACGGCUGGUAAGAUAUUAUAAUGUUAGAUACAAUAAUCAGCAGUUUUACUUAAGUAAAAUAGCAUAAAAUAUUUGAUGAGUCAAUUUUUAGGGAAUGAUCUAGCUCAAAUGGCACCUUAUCGAAGUUUUUAAAAGGUUUGACAGCACAUUGUAACGGUGCCCCACCUAAACCUAGAUUUUCACUACGUUUUCAGUACAGAACUUAUAUCGAUGCAAACAUAAACUUUAAGACUGUACAGAAGAGCUGAUAAUUAAAAUUUCGACCUACAAACAGAGUUCCUGAUAGGCAAUACAAUAAAAAUGUAGAAAAAUAGAACAAAAACUCGCACUCAGCUUUUUCGGAAAUAUAUCAAUUCUAUUGCAUCACUGUUUUGCUCCAAACAGCUGAUAACAGAGAGAAUGAUUUUCCUUGAAAACCAUUUGUGAAAGCAAGACUCUCACAGCAAUAUAUUCUGUUGUAGUUCGUUCAAGAAUGUAGAUAAAAGUUUUUAGACAUAAACAUGUAAGCUUGCUAACUGUAAGGAGCCUGAUCGAUCAUUUGCGGUAAAAAGUGCACUGCAAUGAUAAUCCCUCAGGCAUACGUAAAGCUUCCAAUAACAUACAGCACUAACAUAUUUUAGCGGCGAAGGUGAAGAAUCCGGUUUAGAUAAUCCGAUUAACCUCAUGUCAUACACGUUGAGGAGUUUUUGAUUGCAUCAACGAAUCGUAAGUCGCCUAGGGUCAGGGAACGCUCUCCGAGAAAUAUGACAUCAAGCAAAACAUGAUGCCUCUCCGGAUGUUCAUGUCCGCCUAUUUUAGCUAUGAAAGAGCCAUAUGGAAAUUGAUAAAUACAGUUGAUGUGAACGUGUUUUGUUU